AUUACCGUAACGAUUCAGGCAAGACUGGAAGGAUUAAUAUCGGCAGUAGUGCGACUCAGAGGCAUAAGGGAGUGUGUGGGACAACAGAAGAACCUUGAUUCAAGACAGAACACCUAUAGGCCUUGUACGAAAGGAUAUCAGAAAUCUACCGAACAACUACAGUCUCUCUGUCUACUCUGA